AUGGUUGAUGAAGAUAAAUUGCUGCCAAUUGCUAAUGUAGGUCGACUAAUGAAGCAAGUCCUUCCACCAAGUGCCAAGAUUUCCAAAGAAGCCAAACAAACAAUGCAAGAAUGUGCAACAGAGUUUAUAAGUUUUGUGACAGCUGAGGCAUCUGACAAGUGUCACAAGGAGAAUCGAAAGACGGUGAAUGGAGAUGACAUCUGUUGGGCUUUCAGUGCUUUAGGGUUUGAUGAGUAUGCUGAGGCUAUAAUAAGGUAUUUGCAUAAAUACAGGGAAGCUGAAAGACAGAAAGCUAACCAAAACAAACCUGCUAAUGCUCAAGACAAGGAUGAAGAAUCAAACAGGAGUGGUCAACCAAGUAGUCAGCAAAUUGACAGUAAUACAGCUCCAAUAGAGUUCAGUUAA